CGCGCAUGCGCGGAGCGAGGCGGCGGGUGCUGCGGAGCCGGGGUUGCCGGGGCUGCGGGCGCCAUGUCGGGCCGCUCGGUACGCGCCGAGACCCGCAGCCGGGCUAAGGAUGACAUCAAAAAAGUGAUGGCGGCCAUCGAGCGCGUCCGCAGAUGGGAGAAGAAGUGGGUGACGGUGGGCGACACUUCCCUGCGGAUAUUCAAGUGGGUGCCGGUGGCGGACAGCAAGGAAAAAGAGAAAUCCAAAUCUAGUAGCAGCGCUGCCCGAGAACCCAAUGGCUUCCCAGCUGACACCUCUGCCAAUUCCUCUCUCCUCCUGGAGUUCCAAGGUGCUGUUUCUGCAGAUGAGAACAGCAAUCAGAGCUCCCUGUCUGAUGUCUACCAGCUCAAGGUGGACAGCAGCCCCAACUCCAGCCCUAGUCCCCAGCAGAGCGAGUCCAUGAGUCCUGCCCACACGUCUGACUUCCGCACGGACGACUCGCAGCCACCCACACUGGGGCAGGAGACGCUGGAAGAGCCCUCCCUGCCUUCCUCGGAAGUUGCAGAUGAGCCUCCCACUCUCACAAAGGAAGAGCCAGUCCCCCUUGAGACUCAGGUAACUGAAGAGGAGGAGGACUCUGGUGCACCGCCUCUGAAGAGAUUUUGUGCCGAUCAGAACUCUGUGUGCCACACGGCCUCGGAGAGCUAGCCUGCCGGUCGUCCCCGGGGAGAGCGCCUUCGCCAGCCCCUCGCAGAGCCUCCCGCCCUCCCGUGGGGGUCGGGGUGCUUCCCUCCACCCUGCUCCUUCCCCAGGGAUGGGCACUCCUGCCACUUGCCAUCCAGCCUGCCCUGCCCUGCUCAGUCCUUCUCUGGAGGGGCAGGAGCUUCCUGCCAGCCCCAGCCCCCUGGGUGAUGGGGCUUACCACGAGUACCUGCAAACUUGCCUCUAUUUAUUGGCUCCCUCUCUCCCUGCUGACCUGUCCCAUAGCGUGGGGGUCUCCGGUGGGUGUGCAUGUGCAGGGGGAGUUCUCCACAGGGCUCCCUGCUCUCCGUGGCCACCCAGGGGACUGGCAAAUGCUGUUUGCCUACUCCUGGCUCCUCUUCCCACUCUCCCCACAGUACUGGGGACUGAAGAGUCACUUUCCACCUGCAGGAAGGGAUCUGUCUGCUCCCUUGUGAGCUUAGGUGGGGUGCCCAGGGGCAGUGGAGAGGGAGGCCGAGUCCUGCCCUGCCUGCCCUGGCAGGGAUGGGAUCCGCUGGGACGCUGUGCAAUAAGCUGCUAGUUUAAGCCAUUAGUGUUGGGAAAGAUGGGAGUGCCCCUGCCCCAUGGAGAGCACGUACCGACCUGCCCCUGCUCUGCUACUGGGUGCUGGUGAAGCCCCUGCUGGGGGCAGAUCCCGGCCCCAGUUUCCCGAGAACCGGCAGAGCAGCAGGAGCCGCCCUCCUGUGCCCCGGGGAACCCCUGCCCCGGCCUAGGUACCCCCCGUCCCGGGAUGGGGAUGGAUGCGGCAGGGUGCCGGCUCCCCUCUCUCUGCGCCCCCACCCAAGGAAGCUGUUUGCCCCGGGGCUCUUCUCGCUGCCCC